AUGAAUGACAAAAUGUGUUAUAAGUUCUUUGCUGUAAGGAAUUCGUUUCCCGAUCAAUUGAGCAAGGGAAAUUAUCAAUUUAAUAAUAAUUUUAAAAACACCUUUUGUACUGAUAUAAAAUGUGAGACUGAUAUCGAUAAAAUGAAUGCUGUAUUUUUAUGGUUAUUUGAUGCAAUUUUUGGGGAUUCGUAUUCGUACACGAAUUAUGCAAAAGGUAAUAUCAAUAUUGUUGGAUAUAUUUUGGCGUGGUUAAGUUAUAAACUAAAUCAGAAGUCACAUGACAAGAUCAACAAUCUAAAUGAAUUUUAUGACCAAUAUAUAAAUAACGAUAAGGAGUAUAUUAAGGAUAUAAAUAAUGUUAGUGACUAUAAGAGCUAUAAGGAUCUUAUAGAUAAAAAACAAGAGUUGAUGAGUAUUGAUAUUAAAGAUAUAUCUAAAUUUUAUGAUCCAUUUAAAUUAUUAUGUGAAAUGUAUGUUGAAAUUGAUGCAAACAUUUCAAAUUGCCAGAAAUUUUUAGAAAAGGCUAAAGAAUUUGCUAAAAAAUAUGAUGAUCUUAAUGAAGAUUAUAAUAAUACUAAAGGUAGUCCAUAUAAUCAAAUAUUGUCUACAUUAUCAAAUGAUUAUAAUAAUUUAAAAAAUAAAUGUAAUUCUGCUCAAUCUAUCAAUUUCCCAACUCUUCCAACAUAUUCACGAAGAUCAGUAAUAAAACACACACUAAUCUCAAUUACAUUUGUAUUUGUUGCAGUAUCAAUUUUCUUGGGGAUUUCUUAUAAGUAUUCGUUAUUUGGAUUUCGGAAACGAUUUCAAAAACAAAAAUUAAGAGAAAAAAUAAAAAAUAUAAAGAAGAGAAUGAAUCAAUAA